UUAUUAUAACUUGAAUGAAUGAUUAUCCUCAAGAUUAGUUUUAAUUUAUCAAAACCUACUUUCUAAAGAAAAGUAUAGCAAAAUAGAUUAUACCAGAUAAUUUAGAUGAUAUUCAUCCAGAGUAAUCGUGAAAUUUAAAUUUAGAACAUAAGAUGAGUAAUCUACUAACCAUUCAUAACACAAAAGAAUUAAAUCUGACUUAGUGUAAAAAAAUGAAGCAGAAAUGCUGAAGUUUGUAUAAUAGUUUUCAUAAUAAACAGAUACUUCGACAUAAAAUCAAAGCUUUAAAUCAUAAGGAAUUUUGAAAAAAUCAUACAGAAGUAUAAGUAAUAAAAGAGAUAACAGAAAAUCCCAUAAAAAAAAAGUUCAUUUUAUAUGAGAAAAAUUGAGAUUUUAAUCAAUUUUGACUAAUAAAUUGUAUUUAUUUAUCAUGCC